GUUCUGCAACCCUAAUUUCUCCCGCCAUUUUCCCCGUUUUAUGUCGCUUAGGAAAAGCCCAUGCCAUUUACCUUGGUGCGUCAUAGACGUAAGGGAUGCUAUUCACCUUUGAGCUUCAUAUUGACUGUCGUUAGGCUUAGUAAGCCCUGUGUUGUGCGCCCCUCAUCGGGCAGUCCCUUUGGCCGAAAUAUUGUUCCGUUUUUGUCGCGUAAUUUUAUUCGCUCUAUUUGGUGUCCGCUUGUCUUAUCACAAUACUCGGAGGUCAUGCCUGUUAGCCCAGAUCCGCCCAGUUAGUCUAACCUAUGUCUAAUUAAGUCCUAAUUUCGGCUUACGCGUCUACUCCUCUAACAUAACAUGGACGGCUCGAGCCGCUCAUCAGGACAGGGCCAAUGGCCGCCGCGCAAUUUAGGCAUCACAGCGAGCCCGGGGCGAAACCCUAACGGACUUAACGCGACAACUCCGGGGCGAUCCCUCGGUGCGUCUGGCGGGAGUGGGCGAGGCAGAGGGAGUGGCGGCGUUCGUUCCUCCGGCAAGCCCGUUAAAAAACAGACGGCCGAGCGAUCCGACGACGAAGGCGAUCGACCGGACCGAUGGCAAGACGGCCCCACCGUUAACAGAACCAACUCGUACAGUAACCCGGUAGCGUACUCGGAAGAUGACCUGACGCCACGUGGCAUGCCGUCGCCGUCGCCACGUGGCGGGUAUGGCAGGGGAGGUGGCGGGAGGGGGUCGGCGAGUAGGCGGAGGCGGCCAUCGGGGGAUGGCAGUAUGGACAUGGGCGAGAGCGGGUACAGCUCGGCGCGCAGUGCGUCAAGACGGGAGCCCAUGGACGAGGACGAGCGCUUUUCCCGAACCAGCAGCUUCGGCCAAGCCUCGGUCAGUUCGGCCCAUUCCGAGCGCAUGCUCGACGACGAGCGGGGGCCAGACGGGGCGCGCCCCUCCGUCUCGCGCACCUCCUCCUCCUCCUCCGCCGUCUCCGCCCUCUCCGCAAUGUCCACCGCUUCCGCGCGCAGCCCUGCGCCCACGCGCUCGAAACUCGGCAUGGGCGGAAGCGGAAGCGCGAGCGGGGGGGAGGAACGUGUGCACUAUUCCCGCGCGAAGACAAUCGCGGCGGUGGGGCGCGGGGCGGACAAUAGGACGAUCUCGGGGAAGGAUGUUCCGCGGCAGCGCCUGCCCAUGCUUCCGCCGCCCGGAGCUCCGCAAGUCGUGCAGUGCCAGUGGUGUUUCCAAACCCUAGCGGUGCCCAUCAACCUGCCGCCGCCCAAGAAGGGCCAGCAGAAACUGCGGUGCGGCAAGUGCCUCAAGGUGUCGCGCUACGCCGUCUUCCUCCCGCCCACGGCGGAAGAGGACGAGGAGGCGGAAGAGCAACAGGCGCACGCGCAGGCGCAGGCGCAGGCGCAGCGGCAACGGCGGCAGCAGCAGCAGCCGCAGCGGGGGGAAGAGGGGGAAGAGGUGGAGGAGGACGAGGAGGAGCAGCAGGGGCUGUCCGCGCGGGGAAGGUCCGCGUCAGGGAACUUUAGGGCCUCGCGGAGUUUCCAGGGCACGCAGCAGCCACAGGCGGGGGGGAUGGGCGGGGGGCGCGCAAGCGCCAGCGUCGGCAGGGGCGCGGGGAGCAUGUCAGAGGACGAUUCAGGGGCGGGGAUGAGGGGAGCGGGCGGCAGGCGGGGCAUGAGCGGUUCAGCGCGCGGGGGGGCGGGUGGGGGAGGCGGGGGAAGGGACAGUGAGGCGGGGAGCGAGUAUGGGGACCAAGGGGGAGGGGGGAUGCCCUUCCGCCCCCUCCCACCAGGCGGGCACCGCAGAUCCGGCUCUAAUAGCUCCGCGGCUAGCAGCAGCAGCUUGCGCCAGCAGCAGUACGGGGGCGCGGGGCCAGGCCCAGGGGGAGGCGGAAUGGGCGGAGUGGGGGAGCCAAUGGGCGCGGGUCCGCGCAGUGCAAGGGGGGCGAUGCCUGGCGGGGGAUUUCCCCAGCCUCACUCGCGGAAGUCGUCUGUAGAGUCAAGCGGAAUGGGGGGCGGAGGCGGGUGGGAGGAAGGGGGAGGGGAGAAUGGCGGGGGCGGGGGAGGGGGAGGAGGGCCAGUAGGGGGCGGGAGAGUUGGCAGAAGAGGGAAUAAUAGCCGGGGAGGGGAUGAGGAGUAUUACCACCAGCAGCAGCAGCAGCAGCAGCAGCAGCAGCUGCAGUACCAGUAUGGGCCUGGUAGUGCGCGGGGGGAACCAGGCAGGGGGGAUGGGCGGUCCCCCCUGGGAAAGCAGCACUCUGGCGGGUUCCCCCCGGUCUCCCCCUCCCCCAGAGGCCGCGGGCGGGGCGGGCAGCAGUUCGGGCAGCAGCAGCAAUACGGGCAGCAGUAUAAUCAGCAGUACGGGCAGCAGCACCAAGGGCUGGAUUCGCUCCCCCUUUCCCCCGCGGAGGAAGCCCCCAGUCCCAGACCCAUGGGGAGGGGAAGAGGGGGGAUGGGGGGAGGGGGAAUGGGCGGAGGGGGCAUGGCGGGGAGAGGCGUGGGUAGCCCGAGAUCAGGGGGGAGAGGGAUGACGCGGGGGGAAAUGGGGCCGGGGAGGGGCGGAGGGGGCGGGGGAGGGGGGCCCGCAGGGAGAGGAGGUAUGGGGGCAAUGGGGAGGGGGGCGCAGGUGGGAAGGGGGCGAGGAGGAAUGGUGGGGGGGAGGAGGGGAGUGGAAGAGGAAGAAGAGGAGGAAGAGGAGGAAGAAGAAGAGGAAGAGGAAGAGGAGGAGGAGGAAGAGGAGGAGGAGGAGGAAGAGGAGGAGGAGGAGGGGGUGGGGGGUGGUCAGGCGUAUCAGAGGAGAGUGGUGGUGAACAGUGUGCCAAUCCCGGAUCACCAGGUGGCGGAAGCUGAGAGGCUGGCUGGCCCCAUCAAUCCGGGCACCUAUUGGUAUGACGUGGAUGCCGGCUUCUGGGGAGUGGUGGGCGGGCCAUGUCUCGGGAUCAUUCCGGCGGGCAUAGAGCAACUCGCAAUGGGGCCACUGCAGAGACAAGCUUCCGGGGGCCGGUCACGGGUGGCGGGCAUAGAGCAACUCGCAAUGGGGCCACUGCAGAGACAAGCUUCCGGGGGUCGGUCUCGGGUGGUGGUGAACGGGCGGGAGCUGCACCGGCGAGACCUGGAUAUCCUCAUGCAGCGGGGUCUGUCGGACGAGCCGGGGGUGGCGUACCUGCUGGAUAUCGACGGCAACCUUGUGGACGCUGCAACCGGGGAGGAUCUGCCCCCCGGCCUCGGGAAACUCGCUCCUUCGCUUGAAGUGAAAGGAAGAGGGGCCGGCAUGUACGUCCCCAAGUAGACAUUACGCACGUGGCAAAGUUGUGCGAGGGAAAAGAGCAUGAAUACACGUGGUGAAGUUACAUGCCCGACAUCGAUUCUGCUUUGUGCUAGUUUCUUGCGGUGCUGCGGCGACGCGACGCGACCGGAUGCGAUGCGCCGCGGCAUAAUCUAGUGCUACUAGUGUCUAACCCAUUGUUGCUGUGAUUUAGCAGGCUUGAGGAGAGGAUGGUCAGUGAAGCAGAGCGUAAGCUACAGUUCCUUAGGUGUGCUUGUGUGUUGCCUUUUUCUGCUUCCACUGUGUUCUUGUGGUAUGAUAAGCUAUAAUUCUGGUUCGGGUGGCUACUCAUAAGCGUGUGCGAGUAUUGCUUUGGCAAUUACAACU